GAAACAAGAACACUGAAAUCAUGGCGGGGAAACCCAAGCUGCACUAUACAAGUGGAAGGGGGAAGAUGGAGUCAAUCCGAUGGCUGUUAGCAGCAGCUGGGGUUGAGUUUGAGGAAGAAUUUAUAGAAACAAAGGAAGACCUAGAAAAAUUACGCAAUGAUGGAUCCCUGCUGUUUCAGCAGGUGCCCAUGGUAGAGAUUGAUGGAAUGAAGAUGGUGCAGACUAGAGCCAUCCUCAGCUACAUAGCAGGAAAGUACAACCUCUACGGGAAAGACCUGAAGGAGAGAGCCUGGAUUGAUAUGUAUGUGGAGGGAACAACUGACCUGAUGGGAAUGAUCAUGUAUCUCCCGUUUCAAACAGCUGAAGCAAAAGAGAAGAAUCUUGCCUUAAUCAUUGAACGAGCUACAGCCAGAUACUUUCCUGUCUAUGAAAAGGCCUUAAAAGAUCAUGGACAUGAUUAUCUUGUUGGCAACAAGUUAAGCUGGGCAGACAUCCACCUGCUGGAAGCCAUUUUAAUGACAGAAGAAUGCAAGCCUGAUAUACUCUCUGCAUUCCCUCAGUUACAGGCUUUUAAAGGAAGGAUGAGCAACAUUCCAACAAUUAAAAAAUUCUUGCAGCCUGGCAGCCAGAGGAAACCACUACCAGAUGAAAAGUUUAUUGCACAUGUGAAGAAAAUAUUCAAUAUCUAAUCAAUGUGGCUGCUGAAGAUCAUUCAACUGUAGUAUAUUACCUGAGCUAUGCCUCAUGGGUAUAAAUGGUAUAGAUGCAUUCUGUAGCUUGCAUAAUAGCCAGUCACAUGAAAAUCUGAAACAGAAUAUACUUUUUGAUUAGAUUAAAAGGCUGAGCUGUUGAUUUCAGAAAGUUGUAUUUUAUGGAACAGUCACAUGAAAUAAAGCAUGCUGGUAACUUUG